AUCAUCUGACAACACCAACUAUUAUUUUUCCCCAAAAGAAAAAUAAAUUAAAAUUUUUACUUUUUAAAAAUAUGGGAGAGAGAAAGACUGUUCGUUCUUUGUUUGUUCGUAGUUUCUUCUCAAAUACCAUCACAAUCUUCUCUUCUCUUCUUUCUUUUCAUUUAUUUAUUUUUCAACAGCUACGACGACAAUUAAUAUUAAUAACCCCAAUAUUUAUUAUUAUUAUUUGUAUUGGGUUAUUAUUCCUCAAAUCUCCAUCUCACCGCACAUCUCAAUCACUCAUUCACACACACCAAAAACCGAAACAUGAUCAUCCAUUACGAUUCUUUAGACAGAUAACUUCACCUCGUUUUUGUUCUAGAGAGAGAAACUCUCAAUUUUUGUUAUUCCUCUUUUCACUCAUUACUCUAAACCCAAUUUUCUUUUAACACAGUUGAACCAACGCCCAAUUGCUUUCUCUUUCUUUGUUGAUUGAGAGUAUCUUUGGAGUUUUGUGAUUUAGGGUUUUUUGGUUUGAUAUUGAGAAAUGGACGGUGGAAGUGAAGCGGAGAAGAAGAAGCCACCGGAAGGUGAAACUAAGUCCAAGCGCAAAAUGAAGACGGCUUCUCAGCUUGAAAUUCUUGAAAAAACUUAUGCUGUGCAUAGUUACCCGUCUGAAGAGCUACGAGCGGAAUUAUCGACGCAGUUGGGUUUGUCCGAUCGGCAGUUACAGAUGUGGUUCUGUCACCGGCGUCUGAAAGACCGGAAGGCGCCACCUGUAAAGCGUCAGCCGAAAGAUUCUCCAUCCGCGGUCCCACUGCCAGGUGGCGAUAAAGAAUUGGCGGGAACUGACUCCAGCCCCUUUGCGCGGGCCGGUAUGGCAGUUCAGAGGAUUGGGGGUGACGUCGCGGCAAUGAAGAGGUAUUACGAAAUGCCGCCGCCUCAACAGAGUAUUGCGGAACUGAGAGCUAUUGCUUUUGUUGAGGCGCAGCUGGGGGAGCCUUUGAGAGAGGAUGGGCCCAUUAUCGGAAUGGAAUUUGAUCCUUUGCCGCCUGAUGCAUUUGGGGCACCUAUAGGACCAGCAACAGGGGGACAGCAGAAUUACCCUGGGCUUCCUUUUGAGACUAAACAGUAUGACCGACCUGAUGUGAAACCAGUCAAGGAUAUGUUCACGGUUCAUCCUCAGUGCGCCACAAGGACUCUUCAUGAAUACCAGUUUCUUCCCGAGCAGCCAACUGUUAGAACCGACACUUAUGAAAGAGCUGCCCCAUCCUACCACUAUGGUUCACCUGUUGAUAGUUCAAACACCAGGAAUCCAUCACUGUCUACUGGGCACUCAUUCAUGCAUGGGAAUGAACAAGUAUCCUCUGGAUAUGGUUUUCCGGGUCAACUGCCUAGUUUAAAUCUUCUUUCUCAACAAGGCAGGCAGAACCACCUUUUGCCGUCUGCUUCGGAAGAGUAUGAAAAUGUUCCACGAAAGAACUCCUUUGUAAACACUGCUUUAGAUGCUCAUUUUGGUGCUCAUGCAAUUACAGCACUAGAAAAUCAAUUUGUCUCAUCUGACAGGAGGGUUACCCUUGAUGAGGAUGCUUCACGGAUGGAAAAAAAGCGCAAGAGUGAGGAGGCAAGAAUAGCACGGGAAGUUGAAGCGCAUGAAAAAAGGAUACGAAAAGAACUCGAAAAACAAGAUAUUUUGAGGCGAAAGAGAGAAGAACAAAUUAGGAAAGAAAUGGAAAGGCAUGACCGUGAAAGGCGAAAGGAGGAGGAAAGGCUGUUGCGUGAAAAGCAGCGGGAGGAAGAGAGAUACUUGAGGGAACAAAGGCGUGAAUUGGAGAGGAGGGAGAAGUUUUUGCAGAAGGAAUCAAUUAGAGCUGAGAAAAUGAGACAAAAAGAAGAACUACGCAGAGAAAAGGAGGCAGCAAGGCUUAGAGCUGCCAAUGAGAGAGCUAUUGCUCGCAAAAUUGCUAAAGAAUCAAUGGAACUUAUAGAGGAUGAACGCUUGGAACUCAUGGAAUUAGCUGCGUCAAGCAAAGGACUGCCUACAAUACUGUCUCUUGAUUUUGAAACUCUGCAAAAUCUUGAAUCAUUUAGAGAUGUAUUGUGUCCCUUCCCACCUAAAUCUGUGAAAUUGAAAAGGCCUUUUGCAAUUCUACCAUGGAAUGGUUCUGAGGAGAAUGUAGGGAAUCUUCUCAUGGUCUGGAGGUUCUUAAUUACUUUUGCAGACAUUCUUGGGCUUUGGCCUUUUACUCUGGAUGAGUUUGUCCAAGCUUUUCAUGAUUAUGAUCCAAGGUUGUUGGGUGAAAUACAUAUUGCUCUUCUAAGAUCAAUAAUUAAAGAUAUGGAGGAUGCUGUGAAGACACCCGUUACUGGGCUAGGAACAAAUCAAAGUAGUGCUGCCAAUCCUGGAGGUGGGCAUCCACAGAUUGUUAAAGGGGCAUAUUCUUGGGGAUUUAAUAUACGCAGUUGGCAGCACCACUUAAAUGCAUUAACAUGGCCUGAAAUUUUGCGGCAAUUUGCUCUAUCUGCCGGAUUCGGUCCUCAACUGAAGAAAAGGAAUAUUGAGCAAGCAUGUCUUCAUGAUGACUAUGAGGGGAGUGAUGGUGGAGAUAUAAUUUCUAAUUUACGCAACGGGGCUGCAGCAGAAAAUGCUGUUGCCAUAAUGCAAGAAAGGGGUUUCUCCAAUUCACGCAGAUCUAGGCAUCGCUUGACACCUGGAACAGUUAAAUUUGCUGCAUUUCAUGUUCUUUCUCUUGAGGGAAGCAAGGGCCUGACAAUAUUAGAGGUUGCAGACAAAAUUCAGAAAUCUGGACUGAGGGAUCUUACAACGAGCAAGACACCAGAAGCUUCUAUUUCUGCUGCUUUGUCUAGGGAUUCUAAACUUUUUGAGAGAACAGCUCCUUCAACAUAUUGUGUACGUACGGCUUAUAGGAAAGACCCAGUUGAUUCUGAGGCAAUACUUUCUGCAGCUAGAGAAAGGGUUCGAAUAUUUAAUAGUGGAUUUAUUGAUGGAGAAGAGGCUGAUGAUGCUGAAAGAGAUGAAGGCUCUGAAAGUGAUGUAGCGGAGGAUCCUGAGGAUGAUGAUUUAGGUACUGAAUUGAAUCUAAAGGAGGAGAAACCCAAUUCUCGGGAAGCAAAGAAUUUUACAAAAACUCUCUUGGGAAACAGAACGGAGACCAAUGAAGUUACAGAAAUUCCACUAGGUGGCCUUGGGAGAUCUGGUGAGGGCCUGUCUUCAAAGAGUUCAGAAGGCUUCUGUGAAAUAAAAGGAUCUGAUGGUUUGAUUGGUCAAUCCAUAAAUGCUGCUGAAGUUUGCCUUGAUGCAACUACUACUGGUCAAGCCAAUGCAGAUAUUGAUGAAAGCAAUCCUGGUGAACCAUGGGUUCAAGGACUAAUGGAGGGGGAGUAUUCUGAUCUCACUGUUGAGGAGCGGCUUAAUGCUCUUGUUGCUUUAGUUGGUGUGGCAAUCGAAGGAAACUCAAUUCGUAUUGUGCUUGAGGAACGCUUGGAAGCUGCAAAUGCUAUAAAGAAGCAAAUGUGGGUAGAGGCACAACUUGAUAAACGGCGUAUUAAGGAAGACUAUGUAUCAAAAAUGAAUUUUUCAGCAUAUAUGGGGAACAAGACAGAACCGAAUGUUGCAAAUUCUUCAGUGGAGGGUAGGCAAAGCCCUUUUGUUGUUAUUGAUGACAAAAAUAAUGAGACAUCAGUGGACCUUACCAUUAAGCAGGAACUGUUAAAUGAUCAGCAGCAUGACCAUAAUUGUAUGAUGCCACCUGAAGGGAAUUUGCAAAUGCAAGAUUACACCAUUGGCAUCGAUAAUCUCCAAUAUCAGCAAGCAGCAUAUGCUGCUGAGAAGUCACGCUCACAGUUAAAGUCAUACAUUGGCCACAGGGCAGAAGAAAUGUAUGUGUAUAGAUCAUUACCACUUGGUCAGGAUCGCAGACGUAAUCGGUAUUGGCGUUUUAUUACAUCUGUAUCUCGGAAUGAUCCUGGAUGUGGAAGGAUCUUUGUUGAGUUACGUGAUGGUCAUUGGAGAUUGAUUGAUUCUGAGGAGGAUUUUGAUGCUCUGUUGGCAUCUUUGGAUCUCCGUGGGGUUAGGGAAUCCCAUUUACACUCAAUGUUGCAAAAGAUUGAGAUGUCCUUUAAGGACACUGUUAGGAGAAGCAUGGUGGAUGUGAACACACACAGACAAAAUCAAGAAACUGCCAAGCCAAAAUCUUUUCAAACAGUUCCUUGCCCUGAUUGCAAUAUUGACACUGAUAGCCCCAGCAGUACUGUGUGUGUUUCAGAUUCUGAUAUGUCAGAGACCUCAACAACCUUUUUGAUUGGGCUGGGAAGGAAUGUAACUGAGAGAAAUGAUGCCUUGAAGAGAUAUGAAGAUUACGAGAGGUGGAUGUGGAAUGAAUGUGCUAAUUCUUUAGUAUUAUGUGCUAUGAAGUAUGUAAAGAAAAGGUGCAAGCAAGUGAUGAGUGCAUGUGAUUACUGCCAUGAUAUUUAUCUUUUUGAAGGCAACCACUGUCCAUCUUGCCAUGGGACCUUUAAUGCUUUCAAUAGAAACUUAAAUGUUUCUGAACAUGUGGCUCAAUGUGAAGGGAAACUGAAAAGGGACCACGACUGUACUUCUGAUGUUUCUCUUGCUUCUCCUAUGAGAAUCAGAUUGCUCAAACUGCUAUUAUCAUUUGUUGAGGUUUGUAUUCCACCAGAAGCUCUACAACCUGAUUGGACUGACGGGCGUAGAAAAUCGUGGGGUACAAAGCUCCACUCCUCAUUAUCAGCUGCAGAACUUAUUCAGGGUCUGACACAGUUGGAGAGUGCCAUAAAGAGGGAUUAUUUGUCUACAAAUUUUGAAACAACUAGUGAGUUGUUGGAUUCUUCUAACGCAUUAGCAGCAUGUACUCCUAAUGGUCCUUCCAGUCCAGAAACGGUUUGUAUUCUACCAUGGGUACCACAUACAACAGCUGCUGUAGCUUUAAGGCUCAUGGAAUUUGAUGCAUCCAUAUCCUAUCUGCCACAUCAGAAAGUGGAAUCUCAUCAGAAGGACAAGAAAGAAGGUGACAUUGUGAAGUUUCCAUCAAAAUAUGCUGUUGUCAAGAAUUCCAGAGUUGAUGAAGCAGUAGAAACUUCAUAUCAAGCCAGUUAUUCUCAAGAGGGAAAUUGGAUUGAUGUGGGGAUUCGACUUGCUGGCCAGAACCGUGGACGAACAAACCGUGGGAGAAUUCGUGGACGUACUCAAGGUGGCAGAUCUCAGAGAAGGGUUGGUGGUUCCAGAUCUGAAUCUGGUAAAAAGAGUACAAACAUCAACAAAGAUAGAUUGGGGCAGGUACUGGUAUGGAAAGAGCAACCUCGUGGACGAGGGCCCAAGCGUGGUCGUCGCAGCGCUAGAAGUAGACAGAAAGCAGCAAAGAAGGUGGUUGGGGUUGUUGGAGAGAGAGAGACUCCGAAAGAAAGCAUAUUUGAGCAAUCAAGAAAUUUAGUGAGGGAUGAAUGGAAUAGGGACGAAAUGACAAAAUUGCAAGAAGAACGUGCUGAAAAUCAUAGCAGCUUUGAAAGAUCAGAGUAUGACGAUGAAAAUGGUCAAGCAACAGGAGAUGAAUACGAUGAUAUGUUGGACACAUAUGGCGGUAGUUUUGAUGGCAGGCUUAAUGACCAACAGGAGGGGAGUGAUUAUAAUUUAGAUGGUAAUGAAGAAGAUGAGGAUGAUGAAGAGGGAGAUUUGGAUGUUGAAGAGUACCUAAACGAGGAGUCAGAUGAAGAAGGUAUGAGGGUAGGAGAUGAAGAACGGAAUGUAGAUCCUGAACAAGGUACGGGAUCAACUUCUACAGAUUUUAGUGACUAGAGUAAAGGAUGGGUAGCUUAACUGUGAAGAGAGAUAAUCAUGUAGAACAAAUUUAGCACUGUGAAAUUCUAUUCUUUUGUUCGAUGGUGUACAGCGCUAUCCCAAUAGGCAAAGUGUGUGUACUUUUUAGUUUUUACAGAGGGAUAGAUGAUUGUCCAGAGCAUCUCCACUUUUACUUAAUGUAUUAUACAUAAAUGAAUGUCCCCCCUUUAAUUCAUGAACUCCUUCCGCCAUUUGGUACAAAUUCUGCCUCACCCUCCAUCAACUGGAAACGUUUCUCAAAUUUUUACACGGUUCUUAUGCCUAAUCCUUUUAUGUUGAUAUAAAGGAUGUUUUGGAAUGAUUCUUGACUUAGACAAAACAUUUUAUUUA